AUACGCGGGUCCGCUCGCAGUUGUGCUCGUUUCGUUUCCCAACCUGUCCGCAGGAGUCCCACGGGCGCUGGUGUCGGCGCGGACCGGUCCCAGCCCUAUCCGGGCAUUGUUGCAUCGACGCCCGGCUAAGAGAGUACUUGUUGCUUUGCGCGCAACCCUCGUGUGUCAUUUUGUGCGCCCGUGUUGUUGGUUAAAAAAAAGAAAGAAAGAAAAGGAAGGAAAGGAAAGGAAAGGAAAGGAAAGGAAAAGGCUGAAUCAUGAGCAGUGUUACCUUUGAAAUCAGCCCGUUGAAAAUCGAUCGUGGAUGAUCUCGAGGAAUUGUUGGACGGUGAAGGAGAAGUCGCGAGACGCCGUGGUUCGAGGAAAGAGCGGGUCGCGCCUGUGCUGGUGGUGAGGAAGAAGGAGGAUGAAGCAGGAGCAAAGGCCGAGGAGGCAGGCCCUCUUCCAGAUCGCCAAGGUGUUAUGGCACCUCGAUAUCUUCCGGCGGAGUUUCAGGGAGCUUUCCGGACACGCUUGCAUGCGGGAAUCCUGCAUCUUCUGCGCCCUCAAGGACCUUUUCUCCCAGCUGCAGUUUUCGCAAGAGAGCGCGUUGCCUCCUGACACGCUGCGCCGUGCUCUCGCCGAGAGUUUUCUCGAUCAGCAAAGAUUCCAGCUUGGAUUCAUGGACGACGCGGCGGAAUGUUUCGAAAACAUUCUUCUGCGUAUACACCUUCACAUCGCCAGCGGGGAGGCGGAAGACAUGUGCAGCGCCAGACACUGCGUGCCCCAUCAAAAGUUCGCCAUGACAUUGGUCGAGCAAAGCGUUUGCGGAGCUUGCGGUGCCACCUCAGAGCCUCUGCCUUUUACACAGAUGGUUCACUACGUAUCAGCAUCAGCACUGACGUCGCAGGCUCGACAAACACCACCGAAUUCUCGAAACAGUCCCGAUCUUUUCGGUCAGCUCCUUCGAAAAGCCGGAGGCAUGGGCGACAUCAGAGAUUGUCCAAGCUCUUGCGGCGCGAAAAUACAAAUAUGUCGGACCCUGAUGAACCGACCGGAAAUCGUAUCCGUCGGAGUCGUAUGGGAUAGCGAACGGCCUUCGUUGGAGCAUAUCAUGGACGUUUUCGCUACCGUGGGAACGUCCCUCAGAUUGAGCGAUGUUUUCCACAGCGUGGUGGACUCUAGAUGGGGUGCCUCGACCGUGCAUAAUCUCGUUGGAGUCGUUACGUAUUACGGGAAACACUACUCCACCUUCUUCUUCCACACUAAACUCAAGGUAUGGAUCUACUUUGACGAUGCGACCGUGAAGGAGAUUGGUCCACGUUGGGAGCAAGUGGUGGAGAAAUGCAGGAGGGGCAGAUAUCAGCCGCUGCUUCUACUGUAUGCAACCCCCGGCGGGACUCCAGUGAACACGGAAAACGCCCCGAAAACCGUGACUCCUUUCCCGAACGGAAAUGGACUGAAGACACCCCCGAAGAAUAAUGUUCGACGAUCGAUCACCCCCAGCCCGGAAAAACCAUCGAUCAACAGCACAGCCAGACGUGCCAUCACGCCCAAUCCCGACAGCCCCCCUCACCCUUAUACGCAGCGUAGGAUUUACAGCGAUUAUCAGAAUCUGACCGAUAUACAGAAUAAUAUAUUUGGGAAUCAAGGUGUUGAUACCGUGGACGGGGAAGUGGAGUCGAAAUAUAUCAGUCGACGCGCGGUCGAGAACGUGAUGCAGCAGCAGAAGAAGCAACAAAUGCAGCUGACACGAAGCCUGAGCGCGGGCUCGACACCGCAGGACGCCAUCAGUAUUCCGGAUCACUUGAACGUGCCGCGAAGGCGGGAUUCCGGGAACUGGUCGGGCGAUCGAAACAGCGCCUCUUCGAGUUCCUCCACGACGAUGGACAAUCCGUAUCUGUACAUCGUCAAUAAAAUGCAGAGGAACUCGGGCGUGCCGAAGAGCCCGACCAGCAAAUCUGGAGAACUCUCGAGCAGCAGCAGCGGCCAUUACGACGCCGGAUACGAUUCGUAUUCCUUGUCUUCCACGGACAGCCUUCCGCUUCAACAGGGUCUAAAGCAUAAUCUGCAGCUUGCCCAGAUCCCGGAAGGCUACCAAGCUUCCUCAGGCGACGACUGCGAACGUCUCUGCAAGGAAACCGACGCGCUCUUGGACAAAUCCCGAGCGGCCGAGGAUGCAGGGGAUCUCAGCACCGCUGUUGCUCUGUGCAGCGCAGCCAGCAGCAAAGCUAGAGCUGCCAUGGACGCGCCGUACAACAACCCUCACACGAUCACCAUAGCGAGGAUGAAGCACAAUACUUGCGUGAUGAGGACGAGGAGUUUGCACAGAAGGAUGUUGCAGGAGCAAGCAACGGCCAAUGGAGAAAAGGAAGAAGGCGCGCUAGAAGGCAGGCAUUCUCGAGAGAACAGUAAAUCAGGCCAACACUCUCGACAAAGUUCCAGAGACAAAGGGAAUCAUUCCAGGCAAAACAGUCGAGAACUUCUGGUGAACGCUCCAGCCGCGGCUAGCGACAAGCCUACCACGAAGAGCAUAGAGAUUUAUGCCACGUUGCCAAAAAAGAAGACUCUGCGCAGCAAGGCGACGGCUGUGAACGUGAUCGAGGAUGAAGAGUACAUGUUGUACGAUCGGCCGAUGCAGAGGACGGGUCUGUUCAGCCGUACGAAGCGUUGCGACGACGACAAAAAGGACAAGAAACGGGCACGCAGCGAGGAGAGGAACAAGAACGUCUCGAAAGACUUCUCCAUCGCGCCCACCCGAUCUUCUCCCUCGCCCAAGGGAGCAAAAGUGGACAAGUCGAAGGAGAACGUUGACACUAACGUUGCCAACAACGCGAGAAAUUCUCAGUCUGGUAGCACGGGCGGGGAGCAGCAGAAGCAGGGCAAGAAGCAGCACAAGAUUCGCAGGAAACUGUUAAUGGGUGGGCUGAUCAAGAGGAAGAACAGAAGCAUGCCGGAUCUGCGCGAAGGGCAGGAUGGACAAACGAAUGCUAGCGCGGAGGGAGCCUCCAACACCUUGCCAAAGCAGUCGGUGGACGAUUCCAGUGUGGGUUUGAAGGGGAACGAGGUGUGCCAAUCUUUGAGCGGUUACCUGUCAGAGGGGCAUCUCGAGUUCACCGGAAAUAGCAACGGGAGCCCGAGCAGUACGAGCAAUCCGAAUCUGGAGAGAAGUCGUCUGAUGAGGAAGAGCUUCCACGGAAGUGCUGGCAAAGUGUUACACGUGGCGAAGGUUCCACCGCCUCCUCCGCUCAGGACCACUUCUCAGCUUAGCAAGUCUAAGUGUUCGGGCGAAGUGCACAACGAGCAGCAAUCCGAGAAAUCGGUCUACCCGGCGUCAGAGGGUCAGUGUAAUCCGUCGAAUCCGUCCCAAGAGCAGAACGGAGCGUAUUGGAAUCACGUGANCGCGACCAAUUCGGCUGGCGGAGCGAAUAGAACGUCCAACUAUACCGACUACUCGUCCGAGUCUCAUUCCCUUCCGUUUUUGCCCUCCUACGCUAUGGAGCAGAACGCUGCGAAUGUAUCUCCUUCGUGUCCAUCGGGCUACAACAGCAAACCGAGAAUUCAAGAUGACGUGGUGCAGUACGCCAAUGGUAUCCUGUACGAGCCGACGUUCGUGGUCACCAGAGCGGAUGUGCACAACGAGCAGAGUCCUGUGAAACAGCAGAGUCAGUUGGACUCGUUGCCUCCCUAUCCCGAGAGCGGGAACGUUUCUCAUUCGAGGCAACCCAGCGAAGAUUUUCCUCCCCCACCGUAUCCCUCUAUUCACUCUGUGUCCCAUUCGAGGCAAGCGAGCGAGGACUUUCCACCUCCCCCGCCACCGAUCGACGAGAGCUCUACGAAUCACGUCCAGGAGAGUCAGCAACAGUACCAGCAUCAGUAUCAACAGCAGCAGCAGCAACAACAACAGUAUCAGCAGCAGUAUCAGCAGCAGCAAUUGCAACAGACAGCCGUGUCAACGCAGCAACAACGUCAACAGGAAUUGGACAAUCAGCAUAUUAUCAGUCUGUUGUCUCAAUUGCAGCUGAAGAGGGAUCAGAUUAUGACCUGCGACCCUUCCAGGGAGGAGAAGAGGCUCGAGGAUCAGGAGGAAGAGGAAAAAUCGUCCGGUGUGACCUGGCUGCGCGAGUUGCAAGCUAAACAGGCGGAGAGGAGGAUGAAGAAACAAGGUCCAUUCGAACAGGAUACAUCGAAGAGUAGAUCGUCCGCUCCUAGCAUACAAGGACCGACGAUCGCUCGAAGAACGAGCGAUCUGAUGAUGAACAGUCUUGGACAAAAUUAUGAUCAGACUAGUCGCGACGUACCUGAUUGUCCAAGAGUUGUUUCCUCCGUGAAAGACAUGGCGGCUAGAUUCGAGCAGAUUAAGCUGCAGCCGGCGAAAACAGAACCCGAACAGAAGAUCUCGACGAAGCAAAAUUGCGUUUCUCCUUCGUUGAUGGAGGGUUCUCAGGAUGUACAGCACGAGGAGGAAUCGAGGCCGAUGAAACUUUCUACGGAAAAUCUGGCGAACUUUACCAAAACUGAAUCGAACCAGUCGAUCAUGAAUUCGAGUUUCGAAUCGAGCUCGAGUCAGAACAGUUUUAUCUCGACCACAGCUCCGAGUAAUAUCAUGCAAACGCAGCAAAGUGGAUUAAACCAGGCCAUCAUGUCGAUGUCUUUGACAUUGCCACACGAGAAUGGUUUGCCUAUUGACUAUCCCGAGGAUGACAUCAGCGAGGUUGCCAUGCAGAAUACUAUUCAGAACACGACGAUUCUUCCAAGCGAAGACGAUAUCGCGCCCAGGAAGGUGAAACGACGAAUAGGGAAGAAAAAGAGCGUGUCGUUCUGCGAUCAAGUCGUCCUCGUGGCUACUGCAGAGGACGACGAGAAAGACUCUUACAUACCCAAUCCCAUCCUCGAAAGAGUUCUACGUUCGGCGAUGAACAAACCGGAAACUGCCCAAGUUCUUCGAGAGAUAAGAAGUCUUCAAGAAGCAGAGAUGAAUCGAGAGAAUUGCGCCCCUACCAAAUUUCAACAGCAAACUCUACCGUUAAAAAGUGAAGCUGACAGUGUUCCCGCGACCCCUUAUCAGGAUCAGUUAAGAAGUGUGAACCCAAUACCUAUCCCAGAAACUAUUAAACCUCCUUUGGGAAGGCAAAAUUCGAACGAAUCUGUUGGAUCGUUGUCGGACAAGAAAUUGUGUGGUUCCUAUGGCAACGAAGGACAAGAUGUUGUGAGAGAUAGUUACACAGGGCUUCCAAAUGUUUCCAAACCACCCACAUCCUACUCCCCUCAGCUUCAACAACAGAUAAGAUACUCUCAAAAUGGAUACAUGCCAUAUUUGCAAUCCCAGUCAACGUAUCCUCAAGCACAGAUGUCUCAUACCAGAAAUCAGGGCAUUCCUCUGUCCCAAACCCAAAAACCAGCCAGCCCUUACCCCACACAAAUUCAAUAUACUCAGAACAACGUGCAGCAACAAAAAUCAAUAUGCCAAAAAAGUACCUAUCAGACUUACUACCAACUCGAGCAACAGCACAAUCAGAUGAACAAACAAAUGUCCCAACAACAACAACAGCCAAACGUGAACCAGAGAAUCAUGAACCACAAUGCUAGCCCUAUAACCGUUCAACACUCGCAACAACAAUUCGCAUACCCGCCAACUCAAUCCCCGAACCCAUAUCAGAACCAAUACAGCCACAGUUCCUAUCAAGGUUACUCCUACCAAUCGGUUCCUCAGCACAAUAGAAUAAACCAACCACUUCCGCAGUAUCAACCUCCACCCAAUCCACCAACAUCUUAUCAACAACAACAACAACAGAAUAUGCAAAAUUAUCAACAAAGACACGAUAAUUAUCAGAGAUCACCGCAGAAGAUCGAUCAGCAGAACAUAUUGGCGCCCAAUCAGACGUAUCCAAACGCGUUGCAGAACGGUCAAAUCCAGUCGAACAUGAAAUAUCCAACUUAUCAGCACCCUCCGGUUUCGAAGCAGAGCAAACAAAUGCACUUCGUCCCUACGUCGAAGGGGAGCUCGACGGUGACCCAAUCCUCCACGUCUUCUUUGCAGAAACCACCCACGGUCGGAGGCGUUGCCAGGACGGCGCCUUGCCAUCUCUGCCGGAAGAAGCAGGUGACCGAACCCGCCAUUUAUUGUUCGGACUGCGACUUUUACAUGUCCCGUUUCCGGCCAAAAAAUUGAUGUUCUCGUCAUGAACUGUUAUUAUAUAAUAACGAAAUAGAGAAUCGAUGAAUCGAUUAGAUAGGUAGAAGAUGAUUUUUGUAGGACGUGUAUAGAUGAAGUAUAAAUAUAGGAUAGUAGUGUCUAUGCUAAGCUUCUUUCUUUUUUUCUUUCUUUCUUUUUUUUUUGUAUGUUGAACAACGAUGUAUAGAAAAAAACGAGCAAUAAUUACACGUAGAAAAAAUAUUUCUUUAAAUAUUCGAAUUUGUUAAGUUUCGUUUUUUUCUCUUUUUUUGCUUGUUUCGAAGUGUGUGUUAAAUCGUUAUUUAAGCAUACAAAAUUUUAGAAAGAGUGAUAAAACACUCUGUACGCUUUUGUACAAAGUUAAGUUAGUAGUAGUAUCGAAGACCUUCAUCGUGCAGCUAUUGAAUAGAUUUACUCGUUGUACCAUUGAUCUUGUGUACUUACUUAGAAGAUGUUUGUAAUUUAUAGAUGGAUUAUGUAGAAAGAACUUUAGUCUCGUGUAUUUUAGUAUUUUACUAUAACGUACCGAAUAUUUUUUGUUUUUUUUUUUUUUUGUAUCCUUUGUAUCAUUUAUCACUUCUCAUGUUUUUUGUUGUAUAUAGAUCGUUUCAAAGUAAUGCUUAAGUUUUUUUUGUAUAAAAUCGAUGUAAAAAUCGAAUUUUUAAAAUUUUACAAGGAAGCGUUUCCGUUUCACGCAUACAAAUGUAUUAAACUCCGCAUCAAUUCUACUUCGUUCAAGAGACAAUUUUGUCAGAAUUGUGAUACUAGCCAUGCUACAAUAGAAUUUUAUCGUUUAAACGUAGAUGGAUCGCACAGUCGCAAAAUCGUGAGAAACAACGGAAGCGUGGAUAUGAUCUCUGUCUGAAGAAAAAAAAAAAUAAAUGUGAAGAUUUAUAUUUUAUGUUGAUAGGCGUUAAUGUUACGUAUAAUUAUUGUGUACUUAACGAUUGCGUUGUAUUGUACGAUUGUCUAUAUGUAUUAGAUCGAUGUACAAAUCCUCGUCCCCGAUUUUAUACGUUUUGUAUGAGUAUUUUGUUUUAAAAAUACUUGAUUUCCUUCCGUAUGAAAUUGAAUAAAGCGCUGUCGAAAUAUUUCAA